CUGUUGUUGUUUUUUUUUUUUAUUUGAAAAUUCGAAAUUGUAGUAUUAUAUUUAUUCAAGCUUCAGUAAUUUCGUGUGCUGCUGCUUUUGAUAAUGGGUCGAACAUCCGCAUCUGAGCUGCAAUACUUUAGUCCCAAAGUUGAUUAUGCCGUCAUAUUGAGUAAGAUGAAAGAUGACUUUAGCAAGAAAUAUUCACGUAAUACGCCAUCGCCAACAACGGGUCUCGAGGGUUACAUUAUAAAAGCCACGCUGGGCUCUGGCUCCUUUGGCAAGGUGCAGCUGAUCAAGGAGAAGGAUGGCGAUGCUUAUUAUGCCUCCAAACAGUUGAGCAAGGAUCAAAUUGUAAAGACCAAACAGAUUGUGCAUGUGAUGAGCGAGAAGCGAGUGCUAAACUCGAUACGUUUUCCAUUUACAAUACAUUUGAUUGCGUCGUAUAAGGAUAACGACAGUUUGUAUUUGAUUAUUCCACUUAUACUGGGAGGUGAACUCUUUACCUAUCAUCGCAAAUCUCGUAAAUUCUCGGAGAAACAAGCGCGCUUCUAUGCUGCUCAGGUGUUUCUGGCCUUAGAGUAUUUGCACUAUUGCAGCUUGCUCUAUCGCGAUCUUAAGCCAGAGAAUAUUAUGAUUGACAGAAAUGGCUACCUGAAAGUCACUGACUUUGGCUUUGCAAAGAGAGUAGAAACACGUACCAUGACGCUGUGUGGCACUCCUGAGUAUUUGCCACCAGAGAUCAUUCAAUCGAAGCCUUAUGGCACAAGUGUGGAUUGGUGGGCAUUUGGUGUCUUGAUCUAUGAAUUUGUUUGCGGCCAUUCGCCGUUUGCCUCGCAUAAUCGUGAUGUUAUGGUGAUGUACAAUAAGAUCUGUGAGGGUGAAUAUAAAAUGCCCAGCUCAUUAUCCGGUGCGUUGCGUCAUCUGAUUGAUCAUCUGUUGCAAGUGGAUCUAUCAAAGCGUUUUGGUAAUUUGAUUAAUGGCAACCGGGAUAUCAAGGAUCACGAGUGGUUCAAGGAAAUCGAUUGGAUACCGCUGCUGAAUCAAACUGUUCCAGCUCCUUAUUUGCCCGCCAUUUCAGACGCUGAGGAUAUUUCCAAUUUUGACAAGCAAUCGGAGGGCAAACAAAAAGCCAAGGCUAAAACAAUGCGACACGAGGAAGCCUUUGCAGACUUCUAAGCAAAUUGUAUUUACAUUGGAGUAUCGAAGAAUUGCGAAAUUAAUUCAAUUUUAUUUUUUGGCAUUUUGUUUUGUUUUCAAUUUCAACUAAAGACUUUGGCUAUA